AUGCCCAAAAAUAAACUUUACUUUCCACGAGAUAUAAUAUCAAUUUUGCUCAAUGAUAAUUUCUGGCAAUCAGUAAAAUCGUUGUACUCAUUGCUUCUUCCUUAUUGCGAAGUCCUCAAUAAAUUACAAUCAGAUACUGCUCGCCUUCAUGAAGUGUUACAAUCUUUUGGUGGAAUAUUAAAAAUAUGGAAAGAAUAUCCUGAUGAAAAUUUAGCAGAGCGUAUAAUCCUAUGGCUAGAACAAAGGUAG